AUGGUUUCAAGGUUUCCUGGAGACCUUCGCACGCUUCUCACAUCUAGAGUCUCUGGUCUCGAUGUGAAGCUGGCAAUUUACCCAAAGUAUGAGACCAAAGGGGAUCUCAAGGAAUGCGUCGCAAGACUCAGAGAUUGGCUACAGAACACGGUGAUUGACAUUGAGGUCGAAAAUGGAACUCCAUCGCCGACGGUUGACCCAUCUGUUCAUGUCUUCCUUAUUGGACACUCUAUGGGAGGCAUACUCGCUGCCGAAGCGCUGCUGCUAUUAGCCAAUGAGCAACCCAUUCGCCGAAAGACGGACGAGAAAGGGGAGCCAGAAGAACCGUCCAUCGUCGAGCCUGGCACCUUUAUGUUUCCUCAUAUACAAGGAGUACUUGCCUUCGACACCCCAUUUCUGGGGAUCGCACCCGGCGUGGUCUCAUAUGGAGCUGAAGAGCAAUAUCGCAAUGCCACCACCGCUUACAAUGCGUUCAAUGAAGUUGCAGGGAUAUUUGGCUACGGGAAGAACGCUGGAUCUGCAAAAGCAUCCAAUGCUGCCGACGCAGGCCCCGCAGCUGAUACGGCAAAGACUCUUCCUCCUACCGCGGAUGCUGCCGCAGCUCCUGCCUGGCAACGAUGGGGAAAGUAUGCCAUGUAUGCCGGUGCCGCCGGUGCCGUCGCCGCUGGAGGUGCGGCAGCCUUGUAUUCUCAGCGACAGAACCUGUCCGCGGGCGUGAACUGGGUAUCGUCGCAUCUGGAGUUCGUGGGUUGUCUUGCGCGGCAAUCUGAUUUGCGACAGCGCCUCGAAGGGUUGAAUAGAGUAGAGAGGGACCGAGACAUUCGAUGCGUCAACUUCUUCACCUGCCUUGGAGACGGUGCCUCCUCACUUGUGCAGAAUGCACAGCCGGGUAAGACCUCAUUCAGUCAAAAAAUCAUCCGAUCAAAUCACAGAACCUUCUGUACGCUCCCACCGGAGGUUGAGCAUGGCGAGCAGAAUGAACAAACGCGCCAGCCUGGGCUGUACUGGUCCAAAGCCACCAACAAUCGGGCUUCAGAUGAGAUCAAGGCCCAUGUCACCAUGUUUCUCGCUAAAGACAACCCUGCCUACCUGACACUGGUUCGCGACGCAGGAAAAGCCAUCAUUGGGAUGAUUGAUGAGGGCUGGCGAUGCUCUAGAUCGGGGCAUGUCGAUGGGGAUCAGGGCACUGGCCAGCAGUCUGCGGGUGAUGAAUCCACGGACAGCGACAUUGUGGUCAUCGAGUGA